AAUGGAGCUGCAGAAAAAUAUAAGGAAUCAGGAAAAGCCUCAUCAUCCUAUAUUUGGAGAGUUGUGUAUUUUGUGUUUUUGUUCAGUGCGACUCAUUUUUGUGUUUUCCUGUAAAAACAGAGGGAGGCAUGAGCACAAUCAUGGGUGUGGAGUUGGUGUUCCUGAUACUUUUGCUACUUGAGCAUCUGGCAACUGCUACUCUGUCGCCAGCAUUAGCACAACCCAAUUGCCAGGAAAGUUGUGGGAAGGUAACAAUUCCCUUUCCGUUUGGCGUGGGAUCUCAGCACUGUUUCCUGGAUGGCUGGUACGAGAUUGUCUGCCAGCAGAACAAGAACGGCACCGUCCCCAGGUUGAAGAAACUCGAUUUGGAAGUGCUGAGCAUUUCACUGCCAGAUGCAGGAAAAGGCAUCAUAGGUGUUGGCCACGGUGGUGGACAUAUUGAAGUCAACCUCCCGAUUGUCUAUUCAAGUCCGAAUUGUAGCCGCAAGAGUGGCGCCACACGAGCACCACCAAACUUGACAGGAAGUCCAUUUCUCUACUCUCUGGACAGAAACAGCUUCUUCGCAGUCAACUGUGGCACGGCGCUGAUCAACAGUACCGCCUCAGGCUCGGUGCUUCUGGGGUGCAGGUCCAAUUGCAAAGGUGGAAGGGACUUGAAUGAUUACGGCAAUUGUUCAGGUCGUGAUGGCUGCUGCAACACCACGAUAGACUCAGAUAUUCUUCAGGACUUCAGCGUGGACUUUUUGAAACCCAAAGACAGAGUGACAACCGGGCUGGACGAGAAGUGCAGUUACGGAUUCCUGGCCGAUAACUCAUGGUUUCAGCCCAAAUUCAUAGAUGGCCUGAUAACAGAGGGGUACUUUCCGGCAGUGAUAGAGUGGGGAAUUUUUAGAGAUACAAAACUCGCGGUUCUUUUUGACAAGUUAUACUGUAGAAAUCUUGCCAACGAUUUUCAAGGAGAUGGUGCACUUUUUAUCUGCAGCAAAUUCGCGUGGAUAAAUAUUUACCGGGGUAUUAUCAGAUUCAGCUGUUACCUGGGCUAUAAUGGUAAUCCCUAUCUCGAAGAUGGCUGCCAAGACGUUAAUGAAUGUGAAGAUGCGUCUCUCAAUACAUGCUCAGAUAUUUGUGUGAAUAAACUGGGGGGCUUCGUCUGUAAGCACAGAAAGACCAAAUUCAUCAUGAUAGGUGUCGGGGCUGGUCUUGGGGCUUUACUUGUACUUCUUCUCCCGUGGUGGUUACAUAGAACCAUUCAGGAAAGAAGAGAGAUCAAGCUCAGACAGAAGUUCUUUAAGAGGAAUGGUGGACUCAUCCUGCAACAGCAAUUAUCUUCUCCAGAAGUAGAUGUUGAGAAAGGCAAACUCUUCAACCUCAAGGAGUUAGGAAAGGCUACUGACAACUUCAAUGAGAAUCGCAUACUCGGAAAGGGUGGUCAAGGAACUGUUUAUAAGGGAAUGCUCACAGAUGGAAGAAUUAUCGCAGUUAAGAAGUCGGUUGCAGUGGAUGAGGCAAAACUUGAAGAAUUCGCUAAUGAGGUCCUUAUUCUCUCACAGAUCAAUCAUAGGAACGUGGUUAGGCUAUUGGGGUGCUGUUUGGAGGCUGAAGUCCCCCUUCUCAUUUACGAGUUUAUUCCUAAAGGGACGCUUCACCAUUAUCUUCACAAACCGACAGAGGACUUUCUUUUAUCAUGGGAGGCACGCCUACAAAUUGCCACAGAAGUUGCAGGGGCCCUUUCAUACUUGCACUCCUCAGCAUCCAUCCCCAUAUAUCACAGGGACAUUAAGUCUAGUAAUAUACUCCUAGACAACAAGUAUCAAGCAAAGGUGGCAGAUUUCGGAAUUUCAAGAUCGGUUCCUCUGGAAAAAACUCACGUGACUACGCUGGUGCGGGGAACUUUUGGGUACUUUGAUCCCGAAUACUUCCAAUCAGGUCAGUUUACAGAUAAAAGUGAUGUGUAUAGUUUUGGUGUGGUUCUUGUGGAGCUCCUAACCAGACAGACACCAGUUUGCUCAACCAGAGCAGAAGAGGGGAUGAAUUUGGCGAUGUACUUCAUGAUGUCGAUGAAAGAGGAACGUCUUUUUGAUAUUUUGGAUCCUCAAGUGUCAGAGCAAGGCGGGAGAAAAGAGAUCAUGGCUGUUGCUGACGUCGUGAAAAGAUGUCUCAAUUUAAAGGGAAGGAAACGACCUACAAUGAAUGAAGUAGCAAUGGAAUUGGAAGAGAUAAGAAAAUCCUGGUCAUCAUCCGCCGCCCACAAUGUUCAACAAACUGAAGAUCCUACACAAUGUUUGGAUCGAGGAAAAUUGAGAGAUAAGGAUGGAGAGGAAAUUGAGCAAGAGGAUUCUCCCUUGAUUGUGAGAGCCAAUUAAGUCCACUCCCUUUCUCAUUUUUGCUGUAUUAUUGUUCUUGCAAUCUGGAUUUCCCCCCAAUUUUUAAUCCUCUUGUUAAUACCGUCAAUGUCAUGGAUUUUGUACCGUUAAAUCUUGUCUUGCAUUA